AUCAUACUCCUCAAUGGACGAAAGCAAAUAUAAAUUUAUGCAACAUUAACAUUCAGUACCGAUUUUUUUAGUAAAAUUGUUCUCUUUGGAUGUAAUUUUGUUAUAUAAGUUAAUAUCUGCUUAAAUUACAUGAUAAGUAUAAAAUACUGGUAUAUGAAAUAUGAAAGAUGACCACUGAUACUGCAAUGGAUGUAACAGAUUUACCAGAUUCUUUGAUAAUAACCAAUGUAGAUGCAAGUGUUUUUGUGGACCUCAAUGCUAAGAGUGAAUUUGAAUCAGUUUUCCUAGAGUAUGAUGAAACAGCACAAUUUUUAUAUCUGAGAAACUUCCAUAGAGCCAGAGUAAAUUUCUCCAGUCCUGAAAGAGCAGCUAAAGCUAGAAUCCACCAGCAUGAGACAUUGAUAAAUGGAUCUAGAAUUAAAUGUUAUUUCACACAGCUAAAGGACAGUCCACAGAAUGAUUCACCUCAUUUGCAUCCUCCAAAACCAGAGAAACAGUUUUUAAUAUCACCACCCGCCUCACCACCAGUCGGCUGGGAACCAAUACCAGAAUCUCAUCCUGUUAUUAACUAUGAUUUAAUAUCAGCUGUUGCACAAUUAGCUCCAGGUGAAUCUCAUGAACUCCACCCUCCUUCAGAUACCCAGCCAGGCAUUGUUGUACAUAUCUGUGAAGAUCCAAAGGGUUAUAAAGCCAAAAAAAUUGAACAGACCAAACGUCCGGACGGAUCUAGUUGAUCAAGUAGUGAUUUCAGUAAUAAGACAUGAACUGAUUCUUAAAUAGGGUGACACCAAAAACUGCAAAAUUAUUCAGGAAAGGAAUGAUAUUUGUAAUUCAAAAGGGAGAAUCUCUUUUGUAAUUCUGUUGUUCAAUGUUGUGUUAUUUAUUUAUUUAUUUGUGUAUAUAAAAUCUCUUCAGUGUACAACUCAAAGCCUUAUGACAUUCCUUUGAUAAGAAAUGAGAAUAUGUGUCUCCGUGUCAAAACCAAGUGAUUCUUUUUUCAAAUAUCUCUGAAUGUAUCUUGAUUUAAUGGCAAUUCAUUUCUGAAAUAGUGUAAAUAAUAUUAAAAAAAAGACUUAUUAUACGAUACUGUUCUGUAUUGGAUUUGAUGUUUGAUAGCAAUUAAAUAUUUUUAACUGUU